AUGAAGGGCAACGGCAGGCGAAAGCUGGACCAGCAAAACUUCAUGGAGCAGGUUCAAGAAUGCAAGGACAACGGCUACCUGCUCUCCUCCAAGAAGAUUGGCUCUGGGGCCUUCUCCAAAGUCUACCUGGCCUAUGCCACGCAUGAGCGUAUGCAGCACAACUCCAAGCUGGCCUCCGACCUGCGGGGCAAGCGCCAUACCAUGGUGGCUAUCAAGAUCAUCUCCAUUGCCAAGGCUCCUGUGGAGUUCUCCCGAAAGUUCCUGCCCCGUGAGAUUUCAUCACUCAAUGCUACCUACAAGCACCUGAAUGUGGUGCAGCUGUAUGAGACCUACCAGAACAGCCAGCGCUCCUACUUGGUGCUCGAGCUGGCAGCUCGCGGUGACCUGUUGGAGCACAUCAAUGCAGUGUCGGACCACCGCUGUUGCCCAGGGCUGGAGGAGGAGGAGGCCCGUAGGCUGUCCUGGCAGCUGGUCAGCGCUGUGGCCCAUUGCCACAACUCAGGCAUCGUGCACCGGGACCUGAAGUGUGAGAACAUCCUGCUGGACGACCGAGGGUUCCUAAAGCUGACCGACUUUGGCUUCGCCAACCGGUCCGGGCUCAAGAACUCGCUGCUGAGCACCUUCUGUGGCUCUGUGGCCUACACAGCCCCAGAGAUUCUCAUGAGUAAGAAGUACAACGGGGAGCAGGCCGAUCUGUGGAGCCUAGGCGUCAUCCUCUAUGCCAUGGUGAGCGGGAAGCUGCCAUUCAAGGAGCGCCAGCCCCACCGCAUGCUGCAACUGAUGCGCCGUGGCCCCACCUUCCCGCCAGGCCUAUCCCCAGAGUGCCAGGACCUGAUCCGAGGUCUGCUCCAACUGCGCCCGCGCGCACGCCUGGGUCUGCAGCAGGUGGCCACGCACUGCUGGAUGCUGCCUGCCGCGCACGCGCUCUUCCGCACCGUGCUCGUCUCCGCGCCAGAGUCCCAGCUUCCAGCACCCAUGGACGACGCGGAGCCCAGCGAGGACUCAGAGCACCCAGCAGCAGGUCACCUCCCAAGACCGCGCCUCUGGCCCGGCGCCCGAGCCCCCGGUGGCCCACCCGAGAGGAGAAAUGUGGGCUUUUCCGGCUUGGGCCUCCGGAGCACGGUGGCGGCCAGUCUGGGGAUAGGCACCUCUAGGCAGCUGCUGUCCCUGUGCUCCAUGUCCGCCAUCAGGAACAUGCCUGGGCACUACCUGCUCAACUGA